GAGCCGCUAAGGGGGGCAAGAAAAAAGUUCGAGAAAGUAAAAGGCGGACGAUGAGUGCACAGAUUUUGUGAUCAUUUUGGGUUUAGAUUAAUUUUCUAGAGAGAAAAAUGAGAACGAGGAGAUGGCUUUGUUACCCCACAACCGAUGUUUGUUUAGAGAAGAUAGAUGUUCAAAUUUUGGGUUUCGCCGGAGAUAAUAUGGGUUGCCGGAAACGGCGAAGAUUUUCGCCGGAUAUUGGCGGAAAGAGAGACUUUUUUGAAGCUUUGCCCGACGAUCUUGUCAUUUCUAUUCUCUCAAAACUAAGCUCCACCGCCCGUUGCCCUUCCGAUUUCGCCAACGCUUUGAUUAUAUGCAAGAGAUUUAAUAGUUUAGCGCUUCAUCCUCUCGUAUUAUCCAAAGCCUCUCCAAAAAUGUUUGCGGUUAAUGCUAGAAACUGGUCCGACUCAGCUCAGAGGUUCUUGAAGAAAUGCGCUGAUGCUGGAAAUUUUGAAGCUUGCUAUACACUCGGCAUGAUUCUUUUUUACUGUUUGGAAAAUCGAGGAGGUGGGGCCUCUCUUAUGGCUAAGGCGGCGAUGAGCUCCCACGCACCGGCGCUUUACUCCUUAGCUGUGAUUAAGUUCAACGGAAGCGGCGGUUCCAAGAACGACAAGGAUCUUAGUGCCGGUGUGGCUUUGUGUGCUCGAGCAGCUUUUCUUGGCCACAUCGACGCCCUCCGUGAGCUCGGUCACUGCCUUCAAGACGGAUAUGGCGUCCGGCGAAACGUCAUCGAGGGCCGUCGGUUUCUUGUCCAAGCCAACGCCCGAGAACUAGCGGCUAUUUUAUCAUCUGCGGCGGCUUCUUCUAACAAAUUUACGUGCUCUUGGCUCAAAUGGAGCCCACACCUCAUCCCGCACCCUAACCUUAACCUGAACCACCAUCAUCCGACUGUGCCGGGUUGCCCGUUGCUUAGCGAUUUCGGAUGCAAUGUGCCGGCUCCGGAGGCGCAUCCGGCUAACAAGUUCUUAGUCGAAUGGUUCGGCUCUCGGGGCGGGGUACCCGGCCCGGAAUUGAGACUAUGCUCCCACGUCGAGUGCGGGAGACCGGAGAUAAGAAAACACGAGUUCCGGAGGUGUUCCGUUUGCGGGGCUGUGAAUUACUGCUCACGCGCUUGCCAGGCUCUAGACUGGAAGCUCCGCCACAAAGCAGAGUGCGCACCGGUGGACCAUUGGCUCGAUGAAGAAGGCGAUGGUGGCGAGGGAAACGAAGCGGUAAAUGGGAUCGAUGAAGUCGUCUCAGAAAGUUAAAAAACAAUAAAGGCUCACGGUAAUUUAUUAUUUAGUUUUAACUUUUCAAGGCCACGAGA